UAGACAUAAUUAAAGACGUCUUAUGUCUAUGAUGAAACCGAUUGCCCCUGGUCCAUCCCACCUCCCUCCUGUUAAUUUGAUCGAGCUCGGGAUACCGAUAUUGAUUUUUUUUUAAUCCGCACCAAAAUAAAGUUUACAAAGGCAUGCCGCAGUAUCAUGAAUGCGAUAGGCUGGGAUCAUAAUUAUGUCGGUGCUCAUAGACAAAGAAAAAGAUAAUCAAUAAAAGACAAUACAUUUACAGCAAUGGAGCAGGAGUCUGAUGCUGAUGUAAGUAACUUGGACAAUCUAUGUGACGGGGAGGUCAAGGACUCUACAAAUGAAAACAAGGCUACCAUGAAUAAUGAAAGGAAAUCUGAUACUGAACUCAACAGUGAACCUGAUAACCAACCAAGUAAUGAACUCGAAAUCACAACCAGUAAACAACCAAGUAAUGUAACUAAUUGUGAACCGAGUAACCAACCAAAUAAUGAACCGAAUAAUGAACCCCAAAACCAAAACCAACCGAAUGAUGGACCGAAUGAUGAACCCAAUAACCAUAGCCAACCGAAUGAUGAACCCAAUACCAAAAACCAACCAAAUAAUGAACCCAAUAACCGAAUAAAUAAUGAAGCAAAGUCUAUGCCUGAGAGCAGUAUUUUUGUUUGUGAAGUUUGUACAAAGCCAUUCUCCCACAGAAGCAGUCUACAGAGGCACAUGAGGAAACACAAGAACAAAGACCGCUAUGUUUGUGACGUGUGCGGAAAAUCGUUUUAUCGAUCGACGACACUUCAAGGUCACAUCCGAAUACACACCGGAGAGAGACCGUACAUGUGUAGUGUGUGUGGACAUGCUUUUAACCAGACGUCGGCUCUGCAGGUCCACAUGAGGUUACACACCGGAGACAGACCCUUUAUUUGUAGUGAGUGCGGGAAGAGUUUUUCUCACUCCAGCGAUCUAACGAGACACACUCGGACCCACACCGGCGAUAAACCCUACGUCUGCGACCACUGCGGAAGGUCGUUUACACAGUCCUCCUCAUUGAACCGACACAUCUCGAUUCACACGGGCGAACACGUAAAACCACACAAGUGUAAUAUAUGUAACAAACGAUACGGUCAAGCUCACGAGUUAAUGAUUCACGAGAGAACUCACACUAACGUCAAACCCCAUCAGUGCACGGUCUGCGGGAAGGCCUUCAACCGGUUAAAGUAUCUGAAGAGACAUGUUCUGAGUCACUCCGACAGUAAGCCUUACGUGUGUCAGGUCUGCGGCCGGGCAUUCAAUGACCCCGGGCUCCUACAGCGCCACAUGAAGAUCCACACGGGAGAUCGUCCGCACGCGUGCAAUGUCUGCGAGAAGUCUUUCAUCCUCAAGGACAGUCUGAAGAAGCACUUACGACUUCACACUGGUGAAAAGCCGUACAAGUGCAGUCUGUGUGACAAGGCUUUCGCCGACUCGUCCGCCUGUGUAAGGCACGUCAGACGGCACGAAAAACUCAAAUUGGCCUCUAAAUCAUGUUAACGGGCUUUUUUAGCAAUAGUGUUACAUUACUUAGGGCUGUUCCAUUAAAACAUAUGGGGUACUAGGGGAAGGCAGUCUUUUAAAAAAAAAUCUAUGGGUGGUUCACAGUGGUGGGAUAUUGAUUCUAUGGUGGGUGACCUUUACAAAAAAAUUGCAUCUGUGUGGUUAUUUUACCAAACCACAUACAGCUGUACCAGGGUAAUCUGUAAGAAAACAAUCAUCACAACACACAAAUAACAGAGGCAAUCAUCAGAACACACGAAUAACAGAGGCAGU